UAAAUACUGUUUUUUAUUAUAUUAAAUAAAAGUUUAAUAUUUCCAUUCACACUCAUGCAUGAUGGGCUCUGGAAAUGAACCGUAUGAUUUUUUGUACAAAGUUGUUUUGACUGGGGAUUCAGGUGUGGGAAAAUCAUGCUUGCUGUCCCGUUUUACAAGAGACGAGUUUGAUGCAGAAUCAAAAUCCACUAUUGGUGUAGAGUUUGCUACAAGAACAAUUAACAUUGCUGGGAAAGCAAUCAAAGUUCAAGUUUGGGAUACUGCUGGUCAAGAGCGAUACAGAGCUAUUACUAACGCCUAUUAUCGUGGAGCCUGUGGCGCCCUCAUCACUUACGACAUAUCAAAAUUGAAAACUUUUAUCAAUGUAGAAAGAUGGUUGAAUGAGCUACGUGAACAUGCUGAUCCAGAUAUUGUAGUCAUCAUGGUUGGUAAUAAAAGUGAUUUGAAGCAUUUAAGAGCUGUUAACACUGAAGAUGCUCAAGAAUUUGCCGACCAGCACAAAAUGUUAUUUAUUGAAACAUCAGCAUUAGAUUGCACAAACGUAGAAGACGCUUUUAAUUUGACUAUAAGAAAACUACAUGAAAUUCAGCUAAGCAAAAUAAAGACUCAGGUUCCACAUAUUAUCGAAAAAGUCAAUAUUCAAAAAAAUGAGAACGCUAAAGGAAAGCAAUGUUGCUAAUUUCCUAAUAAUAAAGUUAAUUUUUCGCAGUUCUGAUGUUUUCACGUCAUAAAUGAAUUUUUUGGCAAUAUUUUAUUACUAAAUUUUUAUGCAACUGCAUGUUUGGAUUUACUUCUUAUCUGCUGUCAUUAUCUUGUAACUAGAGUUAUUUUUUUAAUAAGAAUGAUAUUUUUUUGAAUAAUGUUUUGUAUGUUAUACGCAGUAUAUGUUAUAUAUUCAGUAUAUUCUAUAAGCAGAUUAUUUUAUUUAAAAGUUUUUAGUGCAAUUGUGAAAUAUAUGCGGUAUAUGUGAUAUGUCAAACACGCAGUUUAGCGCACAGCAUACCGCAUAUACACUAAAUGAAAAGGAAUUUGAAUCCGGAAUUUUAAAAGUACAUUAUUUUCUUAUAAAAUACUACUUAGUUACUUUUUGCAACUUUUGACUGCUGGCGGUCGCAUUUUUGAUCUUGAUUGAAAAUGCUUCUAAUUGCUUAUGAUUGUUGAUUUUAAUUUGUUUGAAAGUGAAAAUUUCGAAGCAUUUUUUUUAACUUAAAGAAUAAUCUAAGUAGCUUUUUUAUUAUUAUUAUUACCACUUGACAACUAAAAAAAAUGUUUUAACAUACGUUUUUAACGUUUGAUAGUAAAGCAUUCAAAUUUAGAAGCAGUACGCAUACAUGUAUUUACACUUGUGUACAAGUUUUUAAAAAUUUUAUUUAAAAAAAUCUUUGCGGUAAAA